GCCGCACAUUGUGUGCGUGCAGCUCGGGCAACUUCGACGGUGGUCUAGGGCCGGUAUAUAAAUAUAAAAUUUGCUGUCUGCAUGCUAGGGCGGGCUAAAUCUUCGUGACAACCCACUGCUGUCGCGCAAUUUACUGUGCUCCUUGCUUACGCGUGAGCGUCUGUUAGCAGAGACAUGGAUGCAGCUGCUAUUCGCAACUUGAAAAUUAAGACAGGGAUUGUGAAACGAAUGACAAAGGAAAAGGCGGCCUACAUUAAGGAGGUCGAAGUCGAGAGGGAGAGGGUCGUCAAGAUGAAAGAAAUGGGCAAGGAAGAGUACGAUCUGAAGCGGCAGGAAGACGUGGUCAAUGAGACCCUCAGCAUGGUUCCAGACAGCCACAAGAGGUUGCUAAUAGCCUACAAUGAGCUCAAAGAGGUCCUGGAGAGUUCCGAACACCUUUCAGAACGGGAAGAGUACCUCGCGGCCAAGGAGGUGCUGGAACAGGCACGGCAAUCAUUAGAGUCUCCAUAGCUUAUCCACGUUGCUUAGUCGAAUGGCACCAGAAAAAAAGGAGUAUGCCUACUUUCUUCAAUAUGUGUUAUCCAUGCAACAAUGUUUACUCUAUUUAAAUUAUUCAAGUUGCCAGGAGCUCUUUUCUUACAAAUGUUUAUAUUUUUGGCUAUAGAAACAAAACAGUGCUUUGUUUUGGGGUCCUUUUCUAAUAUGGGUUUUGUUGCCAGGUGGAUGUUAAGCAAAGGAGUGAGAUGUGACGAGGUCUAGUUGAAAUGUGCUAGCUUUAGGGACAAGUUUAAGGAGUUUAUAAACACUAUACGCAAGGGAAAAGCAGGAAUGCUGCCGUCACAUUCCUGUCUGCCUUUUUGCAUUUCACAUUAAUUUGGAGACUGCCCAUUUUCAGCAUCCCUGAUCAGUUUUGAGGUGUUAAACGGCACAAUUUAUAUAUUUCUUUUCACCUUAGCCUGUCCGCUGCACCUGUCCCUAGAUAUAAACAGAGAAACAGAACUCUUUUUUAAAUGCCUUGAAUGCAAAAGCUACAAGAGUCUUUUAAAGAAGUUGAAAAGUUUUUCAGCUCUUCAGUGAAUGGAAAUAUGCGUGUGCAAUUACAUGCUGGUAUUUUUGCCUAAAUUAACCUAGCUCUUUGAUGUAACAAGUUCAUUUUGUUAUCUUUUUUUUCUUAUACAAAGUUGUUACUUUGCUGGCUAAUCUUUGCUAUUACUUUGCUGACUUGUCUCGGAAGAUGCACAGUUCGUGUUGCCGCAAGCAAAAUUUAAUGGUAAAUUUGGUAUCUAAUCUGAGCACCUUGUUACAAGAACCUUGUAAAAGCAGCAGCCUUGGAAAACUAUUGCAUCCAUGUCAGCAGUAUAGAUGUGUGCCUUAGACUUAUAAGUUAGCCGGCUACUUUAUGCAGUUUUGAUAAUUUUUUGUCUUAUAACAAUUAUUCCUUCACUUAAUGUUCACAUGUUGACAUAACCCGGAUGGAAAGGCAAGAUUUACGCAGCUUUUGUAGCUUUUAAAAGAAAACCAUGCAAGGCUCCACUUUAAAAAGCUGUUAGUCAAUUUUUUGCAGAGCACUAGGUUUCCUUACGUAACAUUUUUUUUCUUGCGUUUUGUUUUAAGCGUGAGCUUUUCUUUUUUUUUCUUUAUGUAUUUCAAGCAUAUUUGCAAGGCUGUACUACACUCUUUAUAAGUAUGUUCAUUUGUAAUAAAUGCUUUGAAUUGAAGA